AAAACUAAAAAAAAAAAACCCUAAUAUAAUCACACCACAUCUCCCUCCUGCAUCACCCUCUCCCUGUUCAUUAUUGCACAGCACAACCACCCAUCUGAUUGUCGCCGUCCAUCCACAGCCAACCCCAAACCACCAUCCGAUUUCUUUCUUUCUUUCUCUCUCUGCGUUUAGCUCGACCCAACGCCGGAGGGUUGUCUCCGUCCAUCCACAGCAAAAAUAGAAGCCACGAAUGGCAUCCCUCUUCAUCUGUCUCGAUCUCUCCCUCUUCUUUUUAAUUUUUUCUUUGGUUCAGAUUCUUAGAUCCGAUUAGCAGAUCUCCAUUGGCCGCCAUUAAUGGCUCCUCAUCGUUCGCUCUCUUCGGUUUCUCGUCCUUUCUCUCUCACGUUCCUCUCGGUGUGACUGUGAUGGGCCACAUCCGACCACCGUCGGCUCAGCCAUUGAUGGCCUCGCCAAGCUCGAAAUCCCAUGAUCUUGCUACACCCCUUUUCUUCUCUCCGGAUCUCAUCGCACCUUCUGCUCCUCUUUUUCUCGGUGGGUAUUAAUGGCUCCAAUGAUAGAUUUCUUAAAAAACUUCGGAAUCAGUCACAAACCCUAAUCUCUCUGAAUCGAAAGCCACCGUCUUCACUUGCCAAUUCACUCUGUUUUCCCCUAAGACAUUAGUAUCUGCAACUACUUCUACAGCUGUUGCAGGUCAUUCAUGGCUGAAAAAAGAGUUAAAAGUACAUCAUUGAUGGGUGAGGAUGAUAAGGAGGACAGAAUUUCAAAACUACCUGAUGCAAUAAUCACACAUAUCUUGUCAUUUCUUAAAACCCGCAAUGUGAUUAAGACAUGCAUCCUUUCAAAGCGUUGGAAACUCAUGUGGUAUUUAGUCCCCAAACUCAUUUUCUGUAAUUACUGUUCGAAGUAUUAUGGUAACUGCAAAUUUGUGGACAAUUGUUUGAAAUACCGAAAGAGAGGUAUGAAAUUUAUCCCCGAUUCAGUCAUAACUAGUUUUAAGCUUCAUUAUUUGUAUGAAAGUAGGAUGGAUAGCCGCUUAAAUAGAUGGUUAGCUUUUGCAGUUAAGAAUCAAAUCAAGAACAUAGAAGUUCGUUUGAACUGGUUACACAGGAAGAAUAAUGAUUAUUACUACUACUGCUUACCUGAAACACUAGUGGUCAAUGGAAAUUUUUUGACAGAUUUGAAAUUGUGUCUGGUAGAGUUUGAUUCUUCUUGCCAAUCAUUUAGUUUUUCAUCCUUGAAAUCAUUGUCUUUGUCUGCUGUUCGUUUUGCUGAUAGUGAUAUGCUAGAUAAUCUGUUGUUGGGUUCUCCUUCCCUUGAGGAAUUAAGGUUAAGAGAUUGUUGUUUGGAAACUGAUGAUCAGCUACACAUCCACGUACGUAAUUCAACUCUCAAGGUCUUGGAAAUUGAACAAACAGAGGCUCUAGUGGAGAAAAUUGAACUCAUAAAUCUUGAAUCUUUAAUACUAAAAUAUGUUUCCUUUGACAAAAUAAAUCCCUGUGCAUGCAAGGAAAUUAGAAAUCUUACAUUGACUUGUGAAUGGGGUGAGGAAGAGUUGUCAUUAUUGGAAUAUCUCAUCUCAAACCUUAGUCUCCUUCAGCAUUUGACUUUGAACAACUGUUAUAAAGGGAUGUUGAAGCACAUUGAAAUCUCAAGUGAGAGCUUGGAAAGUUUAACUUUGAAUAACCGUUUGGAUUAUGAAAUGACUGUUAGAAUUGAAUCAGCUCCAAAAUUAGCAUCAAUUUGCUAUAAAGGUAAUAUCAAAUUUAGUAUAUCAAUGGCGGAGUCAUCGAAUUCGUUGACUGGAACAUUCAUAAUUCCGAUACAGCAUAGGGACUAUGACAUCAUAUGGUUUAUUAAUUUGAUGAAUUUUUUUUUGAAUCUGAAUUGUUCGUGGAAUAGGGUGCACCUACAUGUUAGAUCAGCUGAGGCUCUUAUCUUGCCCGAAGAAGUGAAGAGGGUAUGUCGUUCUCCUUUGGUUAAUUGGGAGGAUCUUAGAGUUCUUACUGAAUGUGAACUUGAGAGGGAAUCCGACUUGAGAGAUGCUUUGCGGUGGAUUUCUCCUUCUUUAAAGACACUAUCUAUAGCAAAAAAGGCACGCUUACGUCGUUAUCAAGUAUCUUAUGGAUGUUGUUAAAUUUGCUCAUUGCUAGAUAAGUGUUUUUGAGACUGUAUUUACCUUUUAUGUAGUUUAGGACUAAUGAAUUUGGAUGCUAUAUUGAUGCUAUCUUGUAGUUUAGCUAAUUUGCUGAAUUGUGGUAAAUGGUAACUUUAAAGUUCAUGAUCAACUUAAGAAUUGCGCUUGAAACAUUCUAUGGCUUCUUAGAUUACUGUACUGAUUUUAUUUAUGCAUUUUCAUAUUGUCUAAAAACUUCAGAUUGAUAUUUUACUGUGUAGGUUGAUGCUUCUCAAAUCUCUCGAUAUUAGUAUAUACUUGAAUCUCUGUUUUUCAAUGAAGUGAGAACUCAAAGUGAAAGGAAUAUAUCAAACAAAUUCAAAGUCACAUAUUAGAGGCCACAAUACGCAUACUUUAUCUAUAUAUAAAUUUUUGGUCCCUAGAUUCAAGUUGUGUAUUGUAAUUAAAUGAGUUGGUUUGUUAAUUAGUUUGUCAAAUUUGUCUUGUGUGAUUUGAUUGGUUCAGCUUAGUCAAUAGGAAAUGUUGUGAGAACUGAGGCAUAUACAAUACAAGAUUGAUUAGUAUAUCCCAUUGUAAUAAGUCCCUGUGCUGUUGUGUACUCUUUCUUGUUCUAGCAAUGUAUAAUUCAACUGUA